AUGAAGCCGAUAGAAAUUCCUGUCUUCUUCACUGACGCUGGGCCACCUCCAAGCUUUGAGUACUUAUUCGUUUGGACCCUUCUCUUGGCGGUGUCGUUUGCCAUAUUCGGUGUGGCACGGUCUGCUGUGCGCGUCGCAGAAUCAUUGCCUGCUGUAAUAAAGGAAACGGGACAGUCGAUGCAGUGGUGGGUCCGACAACUUCACCUCUGUAUGGUCUCGUGGCUGCUAUUCUAUGUGGUGCACCGACUAUUUGCCUACGUUCUCCUCCCGUCCCAGGUGCUUGGACGACUGCACAUGUUGCCGCUUUCCGAUGGCGUAUUUGGGAGGUGGGUGGGUGUCCUCCGCCCCGCCAUCUUCUGCGGGGAGUCUGACAGAAGUGACGAUGGCAGCUGCGCGGAUGGAGAGUUACCGCUUGGUGUAGUGGCAUCGGAUACCACAACUGGAAAAUGGGCAGGCUCUAUGAGAAACGAAGAAUGGAGGCAGUGCCAAUAUGUAGCGCUUGCAGCGUUUGUGACGACGAUGUGCAUUGUGUUGUCGGUUUGCAAUGCUUUCUCAUGCUUCCUGUUGCAAGUAUGCAACGACGAAUCAGAUGGUACUGAGGAUGAUACCACCAGCGAAGAGGUCAUAUCUUCGGGAAGUGACGAGGAAUUGUGGUGGGACAUGGGGGAGCCAGAUGAUGCAUGUCUCACCAGCCCAGAGGCGGAGUCGGCGGAGGAGCGGUGGAGGGAAAUGGCGGUGGAGGAGAGAAGCGCCCAGCGCUGUCAAAACAAACAGAGCGGCAUGGGAGAUCUUCUGCAGACGUGCUGGCCUGUUCUUCUUGCGGUGAGUUACGCCGGUCUCUACGCCCACACGGGCAGCAUGCCGCUUCUGAUGCGGUGGGUUUACCCUUCCUGUGUAAUGAUGGUGACGCUCUUUGCUAUGACUGUGUGA